CGGAAGAUAAAUUUGACAUUGUUAUUGUAGCGUAAUGUACAAAAAAAUAAUUCAUAUGAGAAUUUUUACUUUUUUAAUGUAUACUGUUGUCGGUGAAAAUGGAAGUGACAAAAAAACACUCACUUGAAAUUUAAAUUGGAAACCAGGACAUUGAAAUAUCACAUUUCAAAACUUAUAAAACUAAAAAAAUAUAAAAUAUUAAACUGUUUGAACAUCACAAGAUUGAAAAAUCGUCAUGAGAGGUGCAGAAGUGGUUUACUCCAUAUUUUCUGGACUACUUAUAAAUGAAGUUUGCUAUCCACCAUAUGGUUGCUUUUCAAAGAAACCUCCGUUUGAUGAUCCAUACUAUUUACUACCGAACUCACCUGGCCAAUUAAAGACAAAGUUUUGGUUGCAUACACGAAACAUCACUUCCCCUGUCAACUUAAACUUGACGCAAAAUAGCAGUGAGGAGUAUUUAGCAGUCAAAAAAAAGUUGGUAGUCAUUGGUCAUGGAUAUUUGGAAAGUUCUCGUGUUUGGUGGGUGCAACCUAUGGUUAAUGCUUUUCUAAAAUUAGAAGAUAUGAACAUAAUUGUGGUUGACUGGAAAAAAGGAGCUGCAUUCCCUUAUACAAGAGCUGUUGGUAAUAGCAGAUUGGUUGGCCGUCAGAUUUCUUACCUGUUAGAAAAACUUUUACGUAAGCGGAAUCCUCUUCAAGCUUCAGACAUCCAUUUAAUUGGAUUUAGCCUCGGUGCACAUUUAAUGGGAUACGCAGGAGAAAAUUUGAAAGAGAAAGGAUUUGAAGUAGGAAGAAUAACCGGUUUGGAUCCAGCUGGUCCUGGUUUCAAAGAUGCUGUGAAAAGUGCACGCCUAGACAAAACUGAUGCUCAAUUUGUAGAUAUUAUCCACACAGAUACGAAAACGGUGUAUAUCACAGGACUGGGAAUUAAACAGGCAAUAGGACACGUUGAUUUCUACCCAAACGGCGGCUACUUUCAGCCUGGAUGCAAACGAGUUACACUAGAUCUUUUUUCAAAGAAAGGAGCGUUCGAUUACAUAGGUUGCAGUCAUUACAGAGCUGUAAACUAUUUUCUUGAAUCUAUACCGAAUAAAAAGACAUUUAACUCGUAUAAGUGCUACAACUACGAACGUUUUAAGAAGGGAAAUUGCAAAGGCUGUAAUGGUAAAAAUAUUUGUAACAAUAUGGGGUACCAUACUAGAAAAACUAAUGGAAAGUUUUAUUCAAUGACACGUGCUAAGGCUAAUUUCUCGGGCUACCACUACUUGCUAAAAGCGUUUACUGGCAGCAAAGAUUAUGCUGAUACGUUUGGGCAGCUCAAAAUCAAAGUAUAUGGAAGGAACGGAUUAUCUAGCGAAAUUGCUACAAACAGUGUUUUUCUCAAACAUAAUUCAUCUUAUUCCCUGAUUAUGCACACCGACAAGAAGUUAGGAGAAAUCUACAAAGUUAAAAUUUCACUUGUGUCGGGCUAUUGGUUCAAUGAUGCAUGGUACCUCAAAAAAGUAGCCAUUACACCCAUGUGGAAUUCAGACAGCUAUGUUGGAUGUGGAAACGUAUGGAUUAACAAGAACAGCGAAAUAAUUCGCAUCAAGAAGAAAUCAAAAGACAUCAAAUGUUGAUUAAAUAAGUUACCAUAAACUGACCACUUGUAUUUUUUUCGUUUCAACGAUAUACUGUGACUUUAUGACUUCAUUGAACUUUUAAUUUUCUAUAUUGGCGUAGAUGUAAAAAGCUAUUUUCUUUGAAAGAUUUAAUAAUAUAAAAACAGAUGUUGACAGCUUUAAAAUCUUUUUCCCUUGAGCAGGAAACCUAACGUAACAAAAAGUCUAUACAAUUUUUCUCGCAAAAUGUCAGUAAGUUUGAUAUAUAUAUUUUUUUUUAAUAUUUAAUUAUCCUUUUCUAAAGCUUGAAUUUUGCGGGGUUAAAUUAAAACCCUCCGCUCUGUGACAACCAUAAUUCUAUUUUAUAUAAACCACGAAUUAGUGUUAACACGAAAGUUUUUUACCAAUGCAUCUUUUUUUGUUGGCAUUAUUAUUUCGAAUUAAAGAAAUUGAGAAAAAAUUUAACGUCUUCA